AUGUGGGCUACGGAGGGCAUUUAUCCGACAGCGGACGGCUGGUGCCCGCCUGCUUGGCCAACAAACGAGGAUGUUCUGGCACAGGAGGACCUCGAAAAGGCCAAGCUGAGGAAAAGCCUGGUCAAGCGCACUGCGAUCGUCAGGGGGAAGCACAUCGAAACCGUACUGAGUGUGGACUUUAUGGCAAAAUGGAGGUUCUCCAUGAUGGUUUGGCCUUUAAAGGAAAGCUCCAAGCUCUCCGGACGCGGCGACAACCGCAGCUACGUUUGCUGGGUCUAUUAUGAGCAGCAGGAUGAGCAGUUGGUGGUCCGUGCGUUUAGCAAUGUGGACGUCAAACUCAAGGACAGUGAGAAGGAGGUUGUAGAUCCUGAGACGGCCAUCAAAAACGAGCAGAGCAUCCUUCGGUGCAAGGACCAGGUGUGCUUCUUCAGCAUGUAUGAGUGGGAUGCUCUUGCUGGAGGCGAGGAGUGA